AUGAUGACAAUAAGCAUAUCCUCGAGCACGCAGGCAGAGGGCUUUACUGUGCCACAUCUUCCUGGAGCGGCUUCAGGUACUAGCGCCACUCCUGUCUUCACUAUUCCAGGCUUGACACAAAGCAUUGGACUGCCAUCUAUCUCGGUCCAGAUAACUACCACGGUGCCCCCCUUCAUACCGAUAUUGCCACCGUUUCCAUCUCCAACACAGUCAUCCGCUCCCGAUUCAACUGAGAUGCAAGCUCAGAAAGAAGCUGUCGUGGAAGUCCUCCAAGGCACGAUGCCACAAUUCGAAGAAUGGAUCAACGGGGUCGAAAUCGAUACAAAGCCCAUCAUCGAGGGAUUCAGAUCUAUCGAACAUAUGGCUGGGAAUCUCUUGAAGGACAUCACUGGCGGUACUAAAGAUGGGGGCUGCACACAUUCACUCUUUGGUGUGUUGCACUGCGCCAUUGACACUGCUUCGAAGGCUGUGACUAGCGUCUCGAAAGGUAUUAAGACAGGGCUCAAAGGAACACUGGACACUCUAAUUGAAGUCACGAACGCCAUUCCCAAACUGAAGAUCGAGGAGGCCAAGGGGAACAACGAUGAUCAGUCAACGAAAUCGGCGGCUAGCUCCAAGUCGCAGGACUCAACUUCCGCCACAUCAAAGAGCUCGACUACAGGCUCUACGUCUAAGACUACUUCGACAAAAUCGACAUCAACAACCUCAUCCAGCACUGAAUGCACGCGCUCUGCUACCGUGACGAACGAACAUGUCACCUGCUCAACAACAGUCAUUGCAAGUACAUCUACAACCACGCUUUGCAAGACGUCUCAAAGCAUUGCUAGUGGAUGUAGCGUCACUGAGUUCAGGACCACCACAACGUUGCCCUUAUGCUCGCAGACGAGCACUGCCACCAAUGCUCACGUUACGUGCUCCCCUAUCGUGACAAGUGUCGCUGGAUCGGCUAGGGGCACCACAUGGCCUUGCACAACAACAAGCACGGUGCUCAGUGGCUGUAGCAUUACAGGAACGACAACUACCACCUCCAUGACCGCGUCCACAAUGCCCAUCAUUUGCGCUCAAACCGGCUGCGAUAUAUGCACGCGCAGCAUUGCCACGAGCUCGCCCAAAUUCGUCCCUCGCGAUUCCAAUCUGGUACGACGAGCUAUGGAAACACCUGGAGACUACGAGAACUAUGAUGAGUUUAUCCUUGCUCAAUUCAGAGGUUUGGGGAAAGACCUCUCCUAUGUGCUUCCACACAGAGUAUAUGCGGGUGACCCAGAACCAGGCAAACCACAUUUUGCAGGAGCCACGACCUCACAGGCCUUUCCAUUCAGGUCCACGGCCUUCAGUACUGCUGUAGAGGGGCUUUUCGGCUGUACCUCACUAAUUGUUGUGUCGACCGGGGGUGUCUUCAUCUCCCACAUAUUCGAAGAUCCAACAUUCUUGGACGGAACUAAAGCAACGCCUCAAUUUCCCAAUGGCUUGUUAGCCGAUGAUGCAGUGUGGGCACGGGAUGUCAGACAAGCGAUCUUCCGCGGAGAUACCACUGAUUGGGUAGUACAGCACGGUCUGGCGAGGCUUACAAUGAAUGAAAAUAUAUUCGACAAGGAGACAUACAAGAUCUUUCCACCUCACAUCAUCACUCCUAUGCCCGUGGAUAUGCCUAUUCCUGGUCGGAAGCCCGGUGACAAAUGGCGAUACCAAGGCAGAAUCGACCAGCUCAAGGAAUUGAUCCGCGUGACAAUGAACCAGGAAGCGGUCAUAGUACCUUAUGAUCCUCUUUUUGGCCCUGAAGAGUCCAGAGAACAUAUGGAUAAGACAGCGCGUGGCAAAGUUCUGGUCCAAUACGAUCCAAAAGCAAAAGUCGAAGAGCGCGAGGAGAAAGACCCAAAGACUGGAGCGAAGCGUAUUUGCUCUUACCAGAUGGCCGGGCUCAAGAUCUGGGUCGACACCCUUCAGCUGGUCUACGAAGAAUACUGGGAUCCUCAUGACAGCCAGAAAGGAAGUCGAGUGCCAGUGCAGACUUUGAUAUUUCACGACGAUGGUCCAGCUACCUCUGUGCCCUCCGCAACUGCGCUCUCCUGUCGUGUCGUCUCAAGUGCCUCGUCUAGUACGACCACAUCCUCAUCGCAUUCCUCAAGGACCGGCGUUCCCAGCACCAAGUCGACAAAAGCAAGCACCAAAACCAAACCAUCAACAAGUCAGAAAUCAACACUGGACAAGACAACACGAGCCACCACAACGAAACACACCCCAACCAACACCAAUCCCACCACAACAUCUCCCAACCCCAAACACCUAACACCAUCCUGCCACAUCACCAUAAUUCAACAAGUAACCUGGUCAAUGCUCUCCACAACCACAAUACUUCCGGGUGGUGUCGCCUGUACUUGCAACAACGGACAAAUCGUCGGAUUGCGCACUGUCGCCAAUGCCGAUGGGAUUUCGGAAUAUCGGUGUGAGGGAAUCGGCGGACCUAAGACUGCUGUCAGUAGCAGCAGCAAAUUUCCUGCUCCGACAAGUGCGAAGCCGACCCAGGAAAUUCAGUCUCCAACACAGCAGCGACCUCCUUCCGCACCAGCUCCCAGUCCAUCGGGCUGUCCAGUCAAUGCUAUGGGUGCGCCGGUUUGUGGAUGA